AUGGAAGCCAAAGGAGAAACCCAGUGGAGCUCAAUUAUAGUUCCUUCUGUUCAAGAGAUGGUGAAAGAGAAAAUGAUCACGACCGUUCCUCCCAGGUAUGUCCGGUCGAACCUAGACGACAACUCUGAAGUCGCCGAUGAUUCUGGUCUUAUAACCAAGAUCCCAGUCAUCGACAUGAAGCGGUUGUGUUCUUCCACCGCCAUGGACUCUGACUCUGAGCUUGUAAACCAUGAGAUAGACCCAAGUUUCUUGGACAAAGUAAAGUUGGAGAUUCAGGAUUUCUUCAACCUUCCCAUGGAAGAAAAGAAAUUUUUCUGGCAGCAACCAAAUGAUAUGGAAGGAUUUGGACAAGCUUUUGUGGUUUCAGAAGAUCAGAAACUCGACUGGGCAGAUUUGUUCUUCUUUAUAGUGCAACCUAUCCAAUUACGCAAGCCUCACUUGUUCCCCAAGCUACCUCUUCCUUUUAGGGAUACAUUAGAGAUGUAUUCCGCUCAAGUGAAGAGAAUAGCUAAGAUUUUAAUAGCCAAAAUGGCGAAAGCCCUGCAGAUGGAACCAGCGGAGGUUGAAGAAACAUUUGGUGAUGAUAUGUUCCAGAGUAUGAGGAUGAAUUACUACCCUCCGUGUCCAGAGCCUAAUCAGGUUAUCGGUCUGACUCCGCAUUCCGAUGCGGUCGGACUCACCAUACUGUUGCAGGUGAAUGACGUUGAAGGUCUCCAAAUCAAGAAAGAUGGGAAAUGGGUUUUUGUCAAACCUCUCUCAAAUGCCUUCAUUGUCAACGUUGGAGACGUCUUAGAGAUCAUAACGAACGGGACAUACAAAAGCAUUGAGCAUCGCGCAGUGGUGAACUCGGAGAAAGAGAGGUUGUCUAUUGCAACAUUUCAUAAUCCGGGACUGAACAAAGAAAUUUCUCCGGCGAAAAGCCUCCUUGAAAAGCAAAAAAAGGCUGCAAAUUUCAGAAGCCUGAUAACUAAAGACUACUUGAAAGGUUUGUUCUCCCGCGAAAUCUACAGAAAAGGUUACCUCGAUGCUAUGAGAAUCUAA